GUCAAGGAACGGAAGCCGGGAGGGAACUAGGGCGGAAGGGGACCAGGGCCGGGGUUGUGUUCGGAGCCUUGGCGGGGCUGGGGUUCUGAUGUGGUCCCCGGAGCGGGAGGCCGAGGCCCCAGCCGGGGGAGACCCGGCGGGCCUACUGCCCCCCGAGUGGGAGGAGGAUGAGGAACGCAUGUCUUUCCUAUUCUCCGCCUUCAAAAGGAGUCGCGAGGUGAACAGCACCGACUGGGACAGCAAGAUGGGCUUCUGGGCUCCGUUGGUGCUGAGCCACAGCCGCCGCCAGGGGGUGGUGCGCCUGCGUCUGCGGGACUUGCAGGAGGCCUUUCAGCGCAAGGGCAGUGUCCCGCUGGGGCUGGCCACCGUGCUGCAGGACCUGCUACGUCGAGGGGAGCUACAGCGGGAGUCAGACUUCAUGGCCAGUGUAGACAGCAGCUGGAUCUCCUGGGGGGUUGGAGUCUUCCUGCUGAAGCCCCUCAAGUGGACUCUUUCCAACAUGCUAGGUGAUAAUAAAGUUCCUGCCGAGGAGGUGCUUGUAGCUGUGGAGCUGCUUAAGGAGAAGGCCGAGGAGGUGUAUCGUCUGUAUCAGAACUCCCCUCUCUCCUCGCACCCUGUGGUGGCCCUGGCAGAGCUGAGCACCCUCUGUGCGGGCUCCUGUCCGGAUGAGAGGACCUUCUACUUGGUGUUGCUGCAGCUGCAGAAAGAGAAGAGAGUCACAGUUCUUGAGCAGAACGGGGAAAAGAUUGUGAAGUUUGCCCGAGGGCCACAUGCCAAGGUCUCUCCUGUCAACGACGUAGAUGUUGGGGUAUACCAGCUGAUGCAGAGUGAACAGCUGCUCUCGCGCAAAGUGGAGUCCUUGUCCCAGGAGGCAGAGAGGUGUAAAGAAGAAGCCCGCCGGGCAUGCCGAGCAGGAAAGAAGCAGCUGGCACUGAGGUCUCUCAAGGCCAAGCAACGGACAGAGAAGCGCAUCGAGGCUCUCCAUGCCAAGCUGGACACUGUUCAAGGCAUCCUGGACCGGAUCUAUGCCUCCCAGACAGACCAGAUGGUUUUCAAUGCCUAUCAGGCUGGAGUAGGAGCACUAAAACUCUCCAUGAAGGAUGUCACAGUGGAGAAGGCAGAGAGCCUUGUGGAUCAGAUCCAAGAGCUGUGUGACACCCAGGAUGAAGUUUCUCAGACUCUGGCUGGUGGGGUGACCAACGGCUUAGAUUUUGACAGUGAGGAACUGGAGAAGGAAUUGGACAUCCUUCUUCAGGAUACCACCAAAGAACCUUUGGAACUGCCUGACAACCCCCCUGAGACAUUUUAUACCAACAGUGUGCCUAACCCUAGGAUCUCGGACGCUGAACUUGAAGCUGAACUUGAGAAACUGUCCUUAUCAGAGGGAGGUUUGGUCCCAAGCAGUAAAUCUCCAAAAAGGCAAUUGGAACCAACUCUCUAAAGCCAUUCUAGGACCCUCAAGUGAAGGACCCUCAUGUAAAAGAGAGACCAGGCUUGUGUGUGUGUACAUAGUUAUUUAAAUGAGAAACUCUCAGAAUUUGUUGGGAAGAGGAGGAAGGAGAACUACUCUGAUUUAUCUGGAUGCUACCACUCACUACCGGACAGAUGUAAUUUCUGGAAGCGUGCUCGCAAGGCGUGCUCCCAGCUGGUGUCAUGGACCUGCCUUCUCAUCUUUAUAGUGCCACAGUUUAUACAGUUCUGUGUUUGACCUGUCGUCUCUCAUAGCCUGCAGUUCUUGCCAUUGGCUCAGUGAGGUUUGUCUUCACCCGCCAGCUUUGUUCCAGCCAAUGAAGGUGAAAGAGUUGCAGCUUUGCCAAAUCAAAACCAGCCCCUUCUCCCCACCCCACUGUUUUUUUCCGAGGACUUUAUUCUGUCUGUAAGGUCAGGUAAACAACUUGUUCCAGUCCUACUCUGUUUGCAUUGGCAAUGCGAGGAAGGAGAACCAAACAGCUGCCACUUUAUGGAGGAACGUGCAGUGUGAAAGGCUGUUCUGUGGGGUCACUGGCCUGAUUCUCCAGGUGUUCAGAAAAAGAGGGCCACCCUGAGUGUCCGAGUCACGACAGCUGGCGAGGGGGCUCUUGUAGUUGGUGGAUGAUGCCGCCUCUUCCAUCUUACGCAGAACAUCUGCGGACUGGAGAGUUAGUCUUUUGACCUUGAGGGGGAAAAGCCCAGGUGACUCUAGGGCCCCAGGUGUCCAAACUCCGUAUCUUUUUUUUCACAGGGCAUAAUGUUUGCCUUGCCCCCACCAUGGAAUAACUUACAUAUAACUUAAAUAUGUGUAUCAGAACAAGCCACACAACCACACACCUUCCCUUCUUGAGCCUGGCACACAACAACAGGUUCUUGGUUUGAACUUCCAAAGCAUUUCUCUUUGUAGCCCAUUGCUCGGGGCAGGGGAUCUGAGCCAGGAUGUGCAAUAGAAGCAGAAGAUUGUGGCCUUCCGCCAUGUCUGCUGUGUGCUUCCCCGGUCCUGCGCUACACCUGUCCUGCCUCCUGACGUCCUGUCUUCCUGCUUCCUUUGGUGGACUGGGGAGGAUGGUCUGGGGAGGCAGACAGGAGGGUCCGAAUGUUCUGGCAACAGGGAGAAGAAAGGAGGACAGCCACACUGCCACUCUGCUGCCACAGUACAAGUAUUUCUGCCUGGAGCCCUUUGCCCUGUCCCUCCUCCUCGAGGUGCUGCAGAGCCGAGGGAAAGAAUUUGCUCCAGGCCAGGAGCAUGAAUUACGUUCAAUUUCUCUCCUACUUGACCUUGGUAAAUCGAAAUGUUGGGGGUGAAGAGAAACAAUCACUAUUUUUUCUUUUUUAUCUGGUAAAUAAUUAAAAGAAAAAACCCGAGCGCUUGUCCUUGUCUCUUCUUAGGUUGUAUAGUGUCGUGUGCCUUCAUGCCUCCCCAUCCGCACCUGCAGCAGAGACACGCUCAGGGUCUUGGCUGAAGGCCGUGGGAGAAGGACGUGGCUGCAGAGUGUGAAUGCUGAGCUGGGCGCCACCGACUGCUCGCUCUCACACCACCUGUGUCUCUUCCGGGGGAGGAGGCGUUCUUUGAAGGGCCUGCGUUGCAGGAGGGUGCCAUCAUCUUGUUGAUUAUUUUCCACGGCCUGUUCUCUUUCAAUGACCCGAUCCCUCUGCCUGCUUUUUUAGUCUGGCCCAGAAUUCACUCAGCGCCUGCUACGUGCCCAGUGUUUGCCACUGCUGGUGGGUAGGCUGAAUGCAGGCUAGGAACAGGCUGGAAGGUCUACCACAGCACUGGGUUCACAGCUCUAGGGGAGUCAACGAGCCCAGAGCAGAAACAGCGUGGGCAGAGAACCCGGUGAAACAGGCCAAGUGCUCUGAGGGAGGCAUGUCAUAGGGACCCCCGGUCAAACUGAAUGACCUGGACAUUGGGCGUCUCUUAUCUCGUCUCGUGUUACUCUUUCUCUCACUGACCAGAGCUGCUGAGGAGUCCUUGUUGAAAUGUUUUAGCCUGGUCCCUUGCUGCUGAAAGAAAUGAGAAGAUGUUGAGUCUGGGUUGGCUCAGAGAGAACAAGGAGCCGCUGGCUGGCGGUGGCUGCAUUUCUGCACGUGAUCCCAAUGGGAGCCUGAGUCCAGCAUCAGGAAUCUCUCCUCUUGAAGGAAUGGACUUGGUUUAUUAAGGGAACUGGUGAAUUUUCUCAUGUGUGGAGCUAUAUUGGGCCCAGAUGAAUCAGGCUCGCAUACCGCCCUGCUGAAAGUGGAGUGCCCUUCAGGGUACAAAUAAAGAGCUAAGAAGUUUCCGGAAUAAA